UCCCCAGCUAGAGCUGUUCUAACACUGCUAGAGACCUCCAGGAUUGGCGAUUCUCCUCCCCAGUCCCUUGGAUGCACAUGUAAGGCGCCACCAGACUCUUCUUCCUGAACUUUGGCCUUGCCUUCGAAGACUGCACUGUCUCCUUCAGACGCAGCUGUCCAGGAGGAGUCUUACGCUUACAGUGAGCUGCCAAGAUGUGACCCAAGGAUGCUGUGUUCAGAGGGAAAGCAAGAAGGCCUCUUUCUAGUGGAGGAGGCAGGACAGAAGGCUUCCAAGAGGAAGUGACAUAACCCAGAUGGCUGAGCCAGACUCUUCUUCCUGAACUUUGGCCUUGCCUUCGAAGACUGCACUGUCUCCUUCAGACGCAGCUGUCCAGGAGGUCAGCUCACCUGCAGGCUUGGGCAUUCACAUUGUGCUGGGUUCCAGGCCCCUGACCUCCUCCGUUCUCCAGAAUCUGAGCUCACCUGAGCUUCUGCCCUCCUCUCACCGUCACUGUCCCCUGAAGAGGCUCCUCGCAGCCCUCACCUGGCACCUGGCAUUAGCAAGUGUCCAGAGGCUCCCUUCCAAGGCCUCUCCCAUCUCCAUUCUCUUCUUUGAAAAAUAAUCAGUGUGUGUGUGCGUGCGUGCGUGCAUGCGUGUGUGUGUGUGUGUGUGUGUGUGUGCGCGUGCGUGCGUGUGUGUGUGUGUGCGCGUGCGCGUGUGUGCGUGUGCACAUGUCUGCCUGCGUGUGUGCAUGUGAACCACAUGUCUGCCUGCUGCUGGUAGAGAUCAGAAGAAGGUAUUGGAACCCCUGGAACUGGAGUUGUGUGCCACCAUGUGGUUACUGGGAACUGGACCCAGAUCAUCCGGAAGAGCAGCAAGUGCUUUUAAAGGAUGAGCUAUCUCUACACCCCCCUCCACUCUCUUUUUGAUGUUUCUUUUUCAUCCUCGAGCUCCAAUCCCCACCUCUGUUGCAUAUAUUUCCGUCUCCAGUCCAGGCCCCCCCUGACAACACUUGGAAACCCACAGCCUCCUCACACUUGCCUUGUGUACAGUGAGCCGUUGGCCUUGUUUAAGACACAUGAGUUCUUGAUCGCCAGUAGCCCUCUGUCCCUCACCUAAUCACACCAGGCCCAUCCAGUCUCACCUCCAAACGGGUCGGUAAACCCCACUGAAACUGGCUUCUCUGCACUUAAACUUGGUUAACCUGACAAAAACUGCUGGCUCCUUGCGCCAUGACCAUUGCAGCUUUUUCUAGUUAUAUUCACCGGAACCACUCAGCCUCCCUUUAAUCCAAAACAAAAAUAAUAUUUCUUGCCAGGACCCCAAAGAUACUGUGAGCCUGGCUCUGCCCCCCAACCCGCUGUCACAUCCAUCCUUUUCACUGCACUGUGUAACCAAAGGCCUGCGCUGGAAUUUGCCUUGCUCCAUCCUGGGCCUUUGCCUGUCUUUUCUCGUUCCAUGCCUAUCCAUUCCUCUUUUGGAUACGAUCUGCCUGGAAAAUGCCACUUGAUAUAUGUCCUGUGUAGAAGUCACGAUUCUCUGAGUACAGACUUCUUGCAAGUCACAGGCGUGACUGGCUUGCUCAUCAUGGCUUGUUCAGCCUGCUUUGUUAUAAAACCCAGGACCACCAGCCCCAGGGAUGGCACCAUCCGUAACGGGCUGGACCCUCCCCCAUCAAUCACUAAUUAAGAAAAUGCUUUACAGGUUUGCCUACAACCCAGUCAUAUGGAGGCAUUUUCUCAACUGAGGCUCCCUCCUCUCAGAUGACUAGCCUUUGUCAAAUUGACAUAAAUCUAUCCAGCACACUGACCGUGAAUUGAAAAUUUCAAAACCCUGAGCCAAAAUAAAUCUUUCAUCCCAGGGCCACCGAGAUGGCUCAGUAGAUACAACACAUGUUUUCUGUGUAAGUCCAAUGACCUGAGUUUAAUCCCUGGACCCCACAUAAAGGUAGAAGGAAAGGAUCAACUCCACAAAGUUGUCCUCUGGCCUCCACACAUGUGCAGAGACACAAACACUCCUAUACAUACAUGUCACACACAGGCAUAUCUGUUAGUCAUGGGUACUUCCAUGUGGCAUCUGUGUGGGGCCCAGAGCCCAGGCUUCCAUGUUCCUACAGGCAUUCACCCUCAGCUCAAUCACUUCCCUGCUCUCUGUGAUGAGGUCACAAGUUCAAGUUGCAGAAAACAAGGCAGUAUGGCUCCCAUUGGUGUCCCACAUGUUGCUCUGCCUUCUGAGUCAGUUCAAAUGUCCAGGGAUGGGGCCAGCCUGCUAAAACCCACUAGAAACCAACCUUUCAGUACAGCAGUCAGCAGCAGGACUGUGGUGCCCCUUCCGUGGUUGUCAACUCCAAGAAGCCUGCCAGCCUCAAAUAAGUUCUUGGCCCAAAUGACUCACCCAGACAGUAGCAUUGCCAAGUCUUGCCUACACCUGGUACCUGUGUGGCAGCUUGUAUUACUAGCCUUAUAAAGUGCUCACAAAGUACUCUUACAUGAUCUUGAUUCUGGAAAUAGGGGAGGUGUGAACUCCAGUUAUGGGUGGGAACUGAGGUCCAGGGAGCGUGGUUCACUUGUCCAAAGUCAACCUGAUUGGUUGUCAGAACUGGGAAGGUGUCCCAGGCCUCACAGCAUCUCCAGGCCAGGCCUGUUUCCACCACACUACCCUUGUUAUUGGAGUUGUUAGGGUCAGAGCCUGGGCCCUCCGGGCCCCAAUAGGCUGUUAGGCCACCUGUUCUCAACCCACCAGUUCAAGAGAUGCCUAACAGUGAAAAGCAGAGAAAAGAGACGUACUCAAUGUGGCCGCACUGGGAAAGGAACGGGAAGGGAUGAUAAGCCCAGAUCUGUCUUUGAGGUACGCACCUAUGGUUUAGGUUUAAUAGAAAACAAGAGGUCUACAUAGCUAAGCAGACCUGGUCAAGGUGUGGUCCCAUGCACCAUUGUUUGAGCUCCAGUCUCUCCUGAUUCAGAUGAUCUGAAAAGUUGUCAGAACUGGGUGAAAUCUCUUCCCCCAGCAUGACACUCCCAGGGAAAUCCCAGUUCCUUGGGAUCCAUUGUCCCAGUAGUCUAACAGCCAAAGGGUAGGGCCCAAGUGCCUUCAUCCCUACCAGGUCAGUUACAUCCUCUCUCCCAGUCCUGAGGCCUGGCAUAUCGCCAAGCUGCCUGAUACCAUUUCAUGCUGUCCCCCCAGAAGAUUCACUUUUGGGAUGGGGUGACUCCAAUGUGAAUCACCUUUUCUCCCAGCUAGGGAAGCAUGUUUCCUCAAAUGAAUGUAUAAAAAACACUGCUUGAUCUGAGUAAAAUUGCAGCAGUUCACAGCAUACUCUGGUGUCUGUGUCUGUCUGUCAUUCGCCGAAUCCCACUUAUCCUGAGUACCUUCAACCCGUUCUCCCUCGGUCUGGUGUUCCUACUGAGACCCAGUCCGCGGCAGGUGGCGCUUCGAACAGGGACAUGAAGGACAGGUAAUUUUCUCUCUUCUUUCUCUCUUUUCAUAAGUAGGGAUCGGCUCCUGUCAGGGUUCUGCAGACCCGCCGGUAAAGGCUCACCGGUUAAGCACAGGUAAUCCAGAAGGAUGCGGAAUCGCCCAUAUGGAUUCCAGACAGACUCAUCAGGCCAGCGCCGCAGAAAACUGCAAAAGCGAAAGGAAAAGUUAGCGACGGCCCGGCUCACUCAGGAGAUGAAGAAGCUGACCCUGAAGCCACAGAAGCUUCCGACAUGGACCCAGCUAAAACAUCUGGCGACGGAAGCAAAAGCACUUGCCUCGCAACAAUGUUCUAACCCUCCUUUAGAAAUGCUAUUUGUAGCCAUGUUGUCCUUGAUUGCUGUUGGGCCUCUACGGCCUCUACCAGUCCUUCUACCUAUUGGGCUUAUGUGCCUCGUCCUCCCCUCUUACAUGUAGUGGGGUGGUUGGAUGAUGAGACUUAUAAGGUAUUGAGCAAUCAGACGGAGAUCAUCGGGGGUUUCCAAGAUUCAGACGAAAGGGCAAGUGCUUCCUCAUUUAUAAACUUUGCAGGAAGCUCAGAUUCAUUACCAAUUUGCUUCGCCCUGGAAGGAGUAGCUCCUCCCGGGUGUCUCUCCACCAGCUACAGAACCUUUUUAACUGCUGCCCCCAGCUCUACCGGUAAGAAAGGAGAUCCUAGAUGGAUCUGGGAGACUCAACUGCUUACUCUGGCACUUCCCACUAUGAAUGAAACUUUUCAGUCUGUCAAUUUUAUGCCUCUUGAUUCCUGUAUUACUAAGUAUCGGGAUAAGAAUCAAUGUUGGGAUGAUGGUGUUACCGCCUUUCCUACUUGGUUGCGUUGUGGGUUUCCUCACGCAGCCUCCUCCUACAAUCCUUUACUGUCUAAAUUGCUUAUUUGGGAUUUUUCCGCCUCUUCUGGAGAAAAGAAGUAUGAAGAUUAUAUCUCAAAGAAUAAAGAUAAGUUCCAUAAUUAUACAUUUGUGGGUCAUGGAGAGAAAAUCACUAGGUGGUUUUCACCUGGGUAUGUUGAGCCAGUGUGGGUCGCUAGAACCCCCUCCGGAAACAUGAGAAAACAUCCAGACUUGUUUCGGCUUGUUGCCGCUUCAGGCCCAGUGUCUCAAAAAAGACCCAAAGAAACUACUCCAUCUCCCAUUGCAGUUAGAGCAUGUAUUUCCUAUCCUUUUGCUCUGCUACUAGGCUCUGCUGCCCGUGUAAAUAUCUCUGCUCUUGGGUCUAACUCAUAUCAUGUAACUUGCUUUAGAUGCAUUAUCACUAAUUGUAUUUCACCAAGGGAAAGACAAAAAAUGCAGAUUAUGAUGAUUGUGAAAAGACCACCUUUUAUAAUGAUGCCCGUGCAAUUACAUAACAUGACUUGGUAUGAUAAUUCAGCUUUACAGGUACUUAGACAGCUUCAUGAAUUAAUAAGGCCAAAAAGAUUUGUUGCAGCAUUAAUAUUAGGGAUAACAGCAUUAAUAUCUAUUAUUACUACUUUUGCCAUUGCCACCACCGCCCUGGUUCAAGAGAUUCAUACAGCUCAAUUUGUAAAUGAUUUAAAUAAGAAUAUUUCCUUUGCAUUAUCUGAACAAGCAAUUAUUGACAAGAAAUUAGAGGCAAAGAUUAAUAUAUUAGAGGAAGUAGUGUUAGCCUUAGGACAAGAUGUGGCCAAUAUUAAGAAACUCAUGGAAACUAGAUGUCAUCAAGAAUACAAAGCUAUUUGUGUGACUCCACUUCCCUACAAUUCCUCUGAGAAUUGGGAUAAAGUUAAGCAUCAUUUGUUAGGGGUAUGGAAGGAUUCUUCCAUUACUCAUGAUUUAGAGGUUACUCAAAAGGACAUAUCGGCCAUGAGCCAAGCUCAUAUACAAGCUGGCUCAUUGAAUGUCUUAGCACAAGGAUUACAAGAAGACCUUAAGGCCAUGAAUCCCUUAGAUUGGAUUCAAUAUUUUAUUUUCAUAGGCAUUCUUGCCUUAAUUGUAGUUUGUGUUAUUGUGAUUUUCCCUUGUCUUUUCAGGACAAUAACCAGAUCUCUGGGCAGUGUACGUGAGGACCUGUAUGCCUUCUGCCUUAAAAACAAAAAAGGGGGAACUGCCACGCCCACGACGGUGUCGCCGCGCGUGACAAAUGCCUUGGAUGAGGUGGUUACGUGGGAAAGGGGGGCUCGCGGCCCUCGGGUCUAUGCCCCCGGCGACCCCUUAUCAAUCUGCCCGAAUCAUGGUGCCAGGCUACACGGAACCACGCAAAAUCUGCUUACAGAAGCUGGCUGGCACUCUGCCUUUUUCUCUUUGCAGCUGUGACUAUUGCUGUUUCCUUGUGUAUUGAUUUCAGGGAGUUAGCUCUCAAUGUUCCUGAUGUGCCCCAUAAAGAGAAUAAUGAUUCCUCAAAAGUGGCCUCAAUACCCCCCCUAUAAUUCAAGCUUUUAGGCAAACAGUUAAAGAGGGUCCUAGAAGUUUGGGGGAAUUUAUGAAUGACUUAGAACAAAAAGAACUUAUGACUCAGAGGGACAAAGAGUCUAGCGAGGAGAGAUGAAAGUAAAAGUCCAGGAACUCAUAAGCAAUCCAUACGCGCAGCCAACAGCAGCUGUAAGGAAGCAGUUACAGGAACUAACCAGUCCUACAAGAAUUAUCAAGGGACAAAUAGAGUUUCUCAUCAAGGGUCGGUGGUGGCAACCCCCUAACUUUGAUCCUAGAUAUAAUAAUUAUUUGGAGCCAUUGCCCUUUACGGGAGCUUAUGAUAAACAUGGGAACCAAUGGGUGAAUCAUAAUAGUAUGAAAACAGAAUGGCAUAAGUUACAGUUCAUGGAAAGAAUAGCUAGGUCCCAACCCCCCUGGUGCCUUCUCACCUGCAAGCAAAGGUUAAAUAUUUUCACACAAAUGAAACCGUGGUUAGAACGAUGGGGGGAAGGGUUUAAUUGUGAUACAAAACAAAGGUCUAAUAACUACGUAGAAGGAAAAACUUCAGCUAGGGCCGUAAUGUUCUCUGUCUGGAUGAGGGACCACAAAAGAGGAAAUAACACCUGUACUCAUGAGAUCCGUUAAUCAUUCUGAGAAAAUUGUGUGACCACAUUGUUAAUUCUAUGUCUAUCGCCCCACUGGCCGAUUGCCAUGUUUCCUCAAAUGAAUGUAUAAAAAACACUGCUUGAUCUGAGUAAAAUUGCAGCAGUUCACAGCAUACUCUGGUGUCUGUGUCUGUCUGUCAUUCGCCGAAUCCCACUUAUCCUGAGUACCUUCAACCCGUUCUCCCUCGGUCUGGUGUUCCUACUGAGACCCAGUC